AUGGGUGGUGUCACCGUUCGCGAUGUGGACGCGCAGAAGUUCAUCUCUGCUUACUCUGCGUUCUUGAAGCGUCAGGGAAAGCUCCCCAUCCCUGGAUGGGUUGACACUGUCAAGACCUCUUGCUCCAACGAGCUCCCUCCCCAGAACGCUGACUGGUACUACGUCCGUGCCGCUGCCGUCGCUCGUCACAUCUACCUCCGCAAGACCGUUGGUGUUGGCCGCCUCCGCAAGGUCCACGGCUCCGUCAAGAACCGUGGCUCCCGCCCCAACCACCACGUCGAUGCCUCUGGCUCCGUCGACCGCAAGGUCAUCCAGUCCCUUGAGAAGAUCGGUGUCCUCGAGUACGACGAGGAGAAGGGUGGCCGUCGCAUUACCCAGUCCGGCCAGCGUGAUCUUGACCGUAUCGCCAAGACCACCGUUGACGAGGAGGAGGAGGACGACGAGUAA